UAUUUUGAAUAAGAAUUGAACCGGAUGUUACGUAAUUUUGAGGUUGUGAUUCAGAUGGUGUGUCAGGGACGACAGAAGACGAUGUCAUGUUACGUCUUCGAGACAUUCCGGCUUCAAUAACAUGAGAAUAAACGCCACCUGGCCGUCAUGGACUCGUCGUUGUUCGAGAGCCGCCUGGAACUCGUGGCCCGAGAACGCAGCGGACAUACGGCGGUGGUGGAGGGCGACCAACUGUAUGUGUGGGGCGGCUACAUGUCUGUUGAUGACGAUGAAGUGUUCCUCCCCAGUGAUGAAUUCUGGGUGUAUGACCUGGUACAAGGCGCAUGGCAGGUGUUCCACAUGACAGGCGAAGUCCCGCCUUCCAUGUCAGGGAGCUGCAGCUGUUCCCUAAAUGGUCACAUGUACAUAUUUGGAGGUUGUGAUGACAACGGUCAGACCAAUCAGAUCUAUCGCGUGAAGCUGACGGGUGAUCAUUACACAUGGACCAAAGUUGUGCAUUGCGUCGGUUCCGCACCGUCGCCCCGAGACAAACUGUCCUGCUGGGUUCACAAAGGAAGGAUCAUCUACUUUGGAGGAUAUGGUCACAAAUUGGUGGAAGAGGUGGACAGAAGAAACAGGAGCUUCAUUGUAGAUGAUAUAUCGGAGGGUGUCAUGUGGGGAUGGAACAACGAAGUUCACAUAUUUGACCCCACGCAAUCCAGUUGGGGUCAACCUCAAACACACGGCCACGCUCCGGCCCCCCGAGCGGCUCAGGCCUGCGCCAUGCUCGGAAAUCGAGGCUACAUUUGUGGCGGGAGAGUUAAGGAAACCCGAAAAAAUGACAUUCACUGCUUGGACCUUGACUCUUGGAUGUGGUCAGAAAUAGUCCCUGUGUCCAGCGUUCCAGUGGGCAGGUCAUGGCAUUCGCUCACAGCGGCGUCGGACAGCAGCUUGUUUUUAUUUGGAGGUCUCAGUGUGGACUGCAAACCUAUGAGUGACGGUUGGCUCUUCGAUGUGGAGACAAAGACAUGGGAGGAAGUGGAGCAUCCCUUUAAGAACAAACCAAGGUUAUGGCACACGGCUUGUCCAGGCAAGGACUCUGAUGUCGUCGUGUUUGGCGGCAGCUGUGAUUACAUCCUCCUUGUUGACACUGGCCACUGCAAUGAUGCACUUGUCUUCCAGAUGGCGCCAUACCCACUCUUCAGAAUUUGCGAGGACUACAUAGCAAAGAACGCACGCGAGUAUGACGCGCUCCGAAAGCAGCUUCCACUUCUUCCUCCCAAACUCUGCGCAUCAGUGAGGAGGAGAAUGUCUUUCUACAGGCCUUCAAAGAAACAACACACGCAAGUUUUCUGAAUGCCAACAACAAUACAGUUUAUUAUUACGAUAGCUUUUUUUUUUUAAUUGAAGUGAAUGGGAGAGGAAAUUUGUCUUGUGUACAAAUACAUGUCAAGAAUUAUAUUUUGUAUUAUUGCACAAAUGUGAAAUGAUCUCAUGCUGGCUGCCUGCUGUUAUGAUGAUGAUGAUUAAAUGGCACGUGAAAAUACGGUCGAGUCACACUUUACAUUUUUGGAAGAAGCUCACUACCUGCGUUCUGGUGGAAACUCACCGGUUGUUAAUUAGGGCUGAGGCAAAUGAGGUGCUCAAUGCAAAGAAAGAAGAAUUAAAGGGGGAAAAAACAUGUGGAAAUAGAGGAAUAACAUUGGGG